AUGUCUGGCCCCCAGAAGAUCCGCAGGAGCAGCGUCUCUGCCUCCGAGCCUCCCAAGACCAUUCCCAUCCCCACGAACCCCUCGGGCAUCGCGUCCAUGGCUGGUCAGUCGCCCUCUGCCCAGUUCUCGACCUCGCCCCGUCUGGCUACCUCGCCUGGCGGCACUGCUCUUGGCCGCUCGUUCCAGCAGGCUGCCGCUGCCAACGCCCGUCAGCUCACCGCCUUCCUUCCCCCGACGUACCCGAUUCCCGAGGGCGACGAGGGAACCGCCACUCCCACUCGCCAGGGCAAGGUCCGCAUCCUGCUGCUCGAGAACAUCAACAUUGACGCUGCCAACUUCCUCAAGGCGCAGGGUUACGAGGUCGACCACUUCACCAAGGCCUUCUCCGAGGAUGAGCUGAUCGCCAAGCUCCCCGCCUACCACGCCAUCGGUAUCCGCUCCAAGACCAAGAUCACGCCCAAGGUCAUCGACGCCUGCCCCCAGCUCCUCGUCAUCGGCUGCUUCUGUAUCGGAACGAACCAGGUUGACCUGCAGCACGCUGCGCGCCACGGUAUUGCCGUGUUCAACUCGCCGUUCUCCAACUCGCGCUCUGUCGCCGAGCUCGUCAUUGGCGAGAUCAUCUCGCUUUCGCGCCAGCUCGUCGACCGCACCUCGGAGAUGCGCGCCGGUAUCUGGAACAAGGUCUCGAAGGGCUGCUGGGAGAUCCGUGGCAAGACCCUCGGUAUCGUCGGUUACGGCCACAUUGGCUCGCAGCUGUCCGUCCUCGCCGAGUCGUUCGGUAUGAACGUCAUCUACUACGACGUCAUGCCCAUCAUGCCCCUCGGCACUGCCAACCAGGUUGCUACGCUCGACGAGAUGCUUGCCAACUCUGACUUUGUCACCCUCCACGUCCCCGAGAUCCCGGACACGAUCGGUAUGAUGGGACCUGAGCAGUUUGCGCAGAUGAAGGAUGGCGCGUACUUUAUCAACAACGCGCGUGGCAAGGUUGUCGACCUUGGUGCGCUCGCCGACGCUCUCGAGAGCGGCAAGCUCGCCGGUGCCGCCGUCGACGUCUUCCCCAAGGAGCCCGGAAGCAACGGCCCCGGCUUCAACGAGACGCUGGGCGACUUUAUCCCGCGUCUCCGCAAGCUGCCGAACCUCAUCAUGACGCCGCACGUCGGUGGUUCGACCGAGGAGGCGCAGCGCGCCAUCGGAAACGAGGUCGCGACCGCGCUCACCCGCUACCUCAACUACGGCACGUCGAUCGGCUCGGUCAACUUCCCCGAGGUCGACCUCCGUGCCAUCACGGCCGACGACGAGGCGCACAUCCGUGUCUGCCACGUGCACAGGAACGAGCCCGGUGUCCUGCGCGCGAUCAACGCCAUUCUCGGUGGCCACAACAUUGAGAAGCAGUUCUCCGACUCCAAGGGCGACAUUGCGUACCUCAUGGCUGACAUCUCGGGCGUUCAGUACGAGGAGGUCAAGGACAUUUACGAGGCCAUCAAGGGCACUCGCGCCAACAUCCUCACGAGGCUGCUGUACUAA